AUGGCCGCGCUCAGCACCUCGAACACAACUUUUGCUCUGGAGCUGCUACGCAGCCUGAGCCAGGCAAACCAAAGUGGAAACAUCUUCGUCUCCCCAUUCAGCAUCAGCUCAGCCUUAGCUAUGGUCUACCUGGGAGCCAAAGGAGACACUGCUACACAGAUGGCACAGGCCCUGUCAUUCAGAUCUGGUGAAUCCGUCCAUGCAGACUUCCAAAGCCUCAAUGCAGACAUCAAUUCGCCCUCUGCAUCGUACACCCUGAAACUGGCUAAUCGCCUUUAUGGAGAAAUGACUUUCCAUUUUCUUUCUGAUUUUCUUGCUACCACACAAAAGUAUUAUAAGGCAGAUCUGAAGACUGUUGACUUCAUUGGGUCUCCAGACUCUUGCAGAGUUGAGAUUAACAGCUGGGUGGAGCAGCAGACUGAGAAUAAGAUUAAAGAUCUUCUGAAGCCAGGAACAGUCAGCACUACAACAAGAUUGGCUCUGGUCAAUGCCAUCUACUUCAAAGGCAACUGGAAGCACCGCUUCGAUCCAGCAAACACCAAAGAAAUGCCGUUUAAAGUCAACAAGAAUGUGACGAUGACAGUGAGCAUGAUGUACCUGAUGAAGAAACUGCCUUACAACUACAUUCCUGAGUUGGGUCUGCAAAUCCUUGAGCUGCCGUACGUAGACGACGAGCUCAGCAUGCUCAUCCUGCUUCCAGAGGAGUCAACUGAUGGCACUGACCCACUGGUGAAGCUGGAGAAGGAGCUGACAUAUGCAAAGCUAGACGAGUGGACCGACAGAAAAAACAUGGAUAUCCACUCCGAAGUCCUUGUUCAUCUGCCGAAGUUUAAACUGGAAGAGGAGUACGAGCUGAGCGAACCUUUGGCUAAACUUGGUAUGACAGACGUGUUUUGUGCAGCAAAGGCCGACCUUUCCGGGAUGAACGGGGAAGGAGGACUUUCACUGUCCACUGUGGCACACAAGGCCUUUGUAGAGGUCAAUGAAGAGGGCACCGAGGCUGCUGCAGCCACUGCUGGCAUGGUAGCUUUCUGUAUGCUGAUGGAGGAACAUUUCACAGCAGACCAUCCCUUCCUCUUCUAUAUCAGACACAAUAAGUCCAAGUCUAUUCUUUUCCUUGGAAGGUUCUCGUCUCCUCAGUAG